AUGGGUUUCAUUGAGUCACGACCAACUAGACUUAUCGGAUGUUGUUGUUAUGUUAUUGUAGCGGACAUGUCUAUAUAUUUCGAUUUCAAUGUUGGAAGUAAAGGUACCAGGUUUAGAAGAGCUGUGGACUGCGAUGUGUUCGACAUCACGUCUAUAAUACAACAUGAACAUACAGAGCGUUUGUUCGGUAGACCGGACAUCGGGGACUUAAUAGAACUCUCAUCAUUAUCAAUAUGUAUGAUAAACGAUAGCAAGGAGGUCAUAGGUUUUAUGGCUCUCAGCGAUCAUCCAAAUGUACCCGCCGUUGAUCCCUCUGAUUGGGAAGUAUGGAUGCGUAAUUUAUUUCAAAAAUACUAUUUGUCAUGCAACACGUUGUUUAUUCACUUCAUGUGCUGUAUAGACUCUGUGGCUGAUAUUUUCCUUGAAGAAGCUUUUGUAUCUGUAUUUCGUAACGACGUGUAUUUGAUAAAUAUAGUUUUUAUGAUUCCUCCCGGUUGUCCGAAAGGUUGGACAAAAAGAUACAAAACUUUCACUAAACAUAAUAUGUAUAAGUAUAAACCGAUUUCUGACUACGACGUUGAGAAUUCUCUAUGUAUGUUUACAGCGACACGUAAUGAAUUUUGUCCGAAGCUGAAAAUACGUCGCGCUGUAGAAGAAGAUAAUGAUGAUAUAGUAAAACUGCUCGGUAAUAACUGUCCGAGAUUGCAAGAUGAAUACGGCAAUUAUUACAUCAGCGAAAUUAUUGGACAUAACACCGAGAUGAAUAGAAAAAUUAUCGUGGCUGAGUAUCAAGAUCACGCCGUCGGUGUAAUGUGUUUGAAUACUGAAAUUAAUUAUGAAAUGCUUCAAAGAACCUAUGAUCUAACUCCUUUUCAUGGAUUAAGGAAGGCGACACCUCUAGAAAAGGAGAAGUAUAAGCGAGCAAAUAUGCUUCUCGAUAUAUUUGGAGAUCCCAUAAUGCGCGGAAAGUGGAGUCCAUUCGGAGAUAAUACAAAAACUAUACAAGUUGAUCCUCAAUUAAAAGAUAAAAGUAGCAAACGUCCCAAAUCUGCCAGUAAAGUGAAUUUCGAUUCAGAGGGCAUCGCGAAACGAAGUUUCGAACAUUUCUAUUAUCCGAAUACUUCAGAGGAUUACAGCGAAAAGGAAAUCAACUCCCCGUCGCUGUCUGUGGCAACGAAUCCGUCGAUUAUGAAUUUUUUCUUAGACGAUGAUGCUUUUGAAUACGAGAUCGUUAACAUCGAUAAAACUCUAUUGACAAUACCCGAGGGAUUGUCCUGCGAUUUAUUGAGUACGAGUUCGUUUUUCCUCCAUCCUGAUCCAGACAAGAAAGAAUCCAAAUCAUCGUCGAAGCGUAAAUCUCAAAUUAAAAUACAACAAGAAAGUCCUGGUCCUAUAAAAGAAGUUAACGUUCUAAAAUAUCACGGAGGACCAAACGCUUUUAUUAUCGAACUGUUCGGUUUACGUGACGACAUCGACGACAGACAAUCUAUAAAUUUGCUAGAAGCAGCCUUUGAAAUAAAUAAGAAUAUUGAUUAUUGCAUAAUACGAACGCCUUGCGAUGAACCAAGUUUUGCUUUGUUACAACAUUUUUGCUUCGUUCCGACAAAGGAGUACGCGAGCUGUAAAUAUGCGUUGUACAUAGCGCAUCGAAAUUCCGUGUUUGGGAAAAUCCGAGCUCGUAAGGCUGAAGUGAUGGACAUUCCGCAAGUAUCACAUUUAUUGCAAAGCUUGGACGGUAAAGAAACAAUAUGGACAGUUGAGAAUACGAUUCUGAACAAGAAUCGCUUGGAAUGUUUCGUGUUUAUGAGUGGAACCGCUUUAAUAGGAGUUGGUAUUUUAGAACACCCAGAACAAAUAGACUUCAUGCGAUCCAAGUUUAAUCUAGACUCACUUAGACUUCACAAGUACCACAUACAAGCGGGCAAAGAUGCUGGUUUCGCAACACUAAAGGCUAUUGUAGUUUAUUCAGUAUUCGAACCGCAUUAUAGAUUCUUCGCGAGAGAAUUGUUGCGACUCUCGGGGAACAAUUCACUUUUGUGGCUAACUGCGUAUAAGAAUAAAUGGGUAACUCAUAAAGCAAAUUCCUUGGCUGGAGCAAUGAUACCUCUCACACCAAGACCGACAGAGAUCGACUGCACCUCUGUACCGGAAUUAAGAAGAAUCCGCAAUCUCUCAAAGACCGUGGUGGCUUUUAGUUCUUGGUUUAUAAGUAACAAGUUAACAAGCGUCGCGAGGAUUAAUAUUGACACACGAAUUAUAGUCGUCGGCGCUUCUAGAACAGCUAUGUCGUUUUUGAAUACAUUAAUUUUUAGCGAUUCGAGUUCCUAUUUAUUCUUCACUAAUGUAACAUUAGUUUCACCUGACGGCUUGCCUUAUGCAAGACGGACAAAACACGCGUCGGAGAUGAUGUUCGAGAAAAAUCGCUUGAAUUCCGAUAAAUACUUGAAAAGUAUGCCCUAUACUUACUACGUGAACGUCGUUCAGGGUUACCUAAUCGAGAUUAACAAGAAACAAAAAUAUAUAACGAUUUCCACCGGUGGGAGCUUACAUUACGAUCUUCUGUUUCUAUUAUUUGGGAAACAGUAUCAGCAUCCUGAUUAUUUGAAGAAUAUAUUAUAUAAAGAAAAGUUAAAACGGAGAGGUGAUAUUCCUUUGUACACUCGCUUGGAUAUUCCACAAUCUAAUCCAGAGCCAACCGUUAGCAACUUUACACCAUCUAAUGUUUUUAUUGUGAACAGUAUACACGAUGCUAACAGAGCUCUUAAUUUUGUCAAAUCAUUCAUGUGGCAAGAUAUGGAUUAUAAAAUUAUAGUGUACGGCGCAAACAAACAUGCUUACUGCUGUUUGGCGGCGUUGAUUGAAAUGAAAAUUUCUGGAAAGAACAUCAUUUUCGUAGAACCAUUUCCAUCAAACGAUUCGAGGAAGGCUCGCGUCUCUCUGUUUUGCAAUGUUUACGUUGAUAAAUCAGUCAGCGAGAUGAUUAGAAGUCUGCAUAUAACGGUAUAUAGAUCAUAUUACUUCCAACGUUGGCAUAUGGACGCCAAUGAUUUGGUCACUCGUGUAGAUUUCAUGUCACAUUUCAAAAUUUUAAGAUUGAAAUGUUCCGUCUUCUUCUAUUACGGAAUUCGUGGCGUGAACGAAAAUGCAUUUAUUGCUAUUAAUAAAAGCGGCAUGGCUUACGACGGAGGUAUACUCAUAGAUCAUGAGUUUAAAACAAAAGAUCCCUCGAUAUACGCAGCGGGUCCUGUUACCAGGUAUUAUAGAAAAUACCAAGCAGAUAACAAAAGACAAAAAUAUUACGAUGCUUAUGAAGUCGGAAUGACGCUUGGCAAUCGAAUAAGAAACAAAUUAGACCCACUGUUCUCAGAAGUAAAGAAUUCUGAAAAAUUACCACGAAACACAAUAAAAAAUGUCAGUUUUGAUGAAACCUCUGUAGGGAACACGUCAUUUAAUAGCUUCGGAUCUCGGGAAUCUCGAGAUAUUGAAGUCUGUCCUGACCUACCUCAAUUUAAGAAACCUCUUGUAUUGCAUUGCUAUUUACCUGGAGGGCUCCAGUACUUAGAAGUACGUCCUCCGGGAAAAAAGUUACCACAUUACUUUGUACAGUCUUUAGAGCAUAACGGUUACGUAAUGGAAACUUUCAAAGAUGGAUAUUUUAAGCUACAUUUUACUAGCGAAUUUAUUGUAGACGGUGUAACUUGUUUGUCAAUGGAAAAAUAUUCGUUGGAUAAUUUCAAAAAUCUGUACGGUCUCUCGGCCACUGUUCUCAAUAACGUACACCUACGUUACACGACAAAGAAGUUGGACAAUUUUUAUGAAUUUUUCCGAGCGCCGUGGGCAUUUUUCUUAUAUCAUGAUCAGAUUGAUGAAUUGUUUGCGAUGGUUAAGGAAGUUAUUCCAAAGGGACAGUGUCAAGGAGACACUCUUGCUGAAACUAUUAGGAAUAUCGGUGACAGCAUAAGCAAUCAGUCUUGCAAACUAACCACAAAGUCCAAGAUUCGAUCCAGAUUCGAAAAGUCACCGUAUUUCGAAGCCAUUACUGACUAUGUCAUUAAAUGGCUAUCAGAGAACGAUGUCCUACUACCGAUGUACUUGCAGCCGUGGCAGACCACGGAGUACGACCACGACGUCGACAAACAUCCAGUAUUCAGAAAACGAAGGAAGACUAUGACUAAAAUGUUAUCUACUAUCUUUUAAAAAUUAUCAUUUUAAAUAAAUUUUAUGUUGUUGUUAAUAAACACAGCUUUAUG